GAAGAUUUGGAGUGUAUUUUUCUUUCUUUUAGUUUCUUUUUUUAGUUUCUCGAUUGGCAUAAAGAAUAGAAUACUAAUUUAAUCCACACACAGAAGAAACCUGACAAGUGCAGGAUGCAGGUACCCCAUGUUUUUACUGAUUUAUUAAGAUUGACCAAAAUGAGGGGAACAGAAACUAGACUGUCAUGUAAAGACAAAGUCAUCUGCACAGAAUAUUUCCUGAUAAGUCAGUAGCAGACUCUGAGAACAGUGGCAACAUUAUCACACACUAAACAGAAACUCCUGUUAAACUUGAACAUCAACAUGUUUAUGUGUUUUGCUCAGAAGCAGGCAGGCACAGGUAAUCAAAUCAAGAUGGUGUUUGAUAAUUUGUUUUUUGCCUUGCAGGAUGAUGCAGCUGAACUGUUUUCAGUGAGAAUAAACUGGACCACAAAAACCAAAGACUGGCUGAGGCUGUUAAAAUAAGGAUACUUUUGAUUGCCAGUGAAGUAGGAAAACUGUUCCUUUGGUGCCAACAUGUCGGACAUUGUGAUCAACUUGUGCUCCUCGGAUGACGCCUCUCGGGUAAUACGUCCAGCAACGGACAAGAACAAGAAGAAGAAAAAAAAGAUGUUUCGUAAAAAGAUGCAACAAUUAAAGGCCAAGGGCUACCUGAGGGGUAAACAAAACGGCACCUACCAACGGGGACACCUCACAGGGAACCCAACCCAACGUCAGAAUGGGUCUCUCACAAAGAACCCCCCCGCUGCAGCACCAACCGGAAGUUCACCUCACCUGACGCACUGCAGCUCCAGAGCAACGGCGUCCACGCCUUCACAGCCUUCAGUGUCCGGCCUCUGUCACGGCAAAGGCAGCCACGGAAAGCCAAAGGCGGCAGCCGCUGACCACAGGCCCGCGGUGUCGAGCAGCCACAGGCCCCCGACAUCCACAGGAGACCCCAACAAGUUCCUGGCCAUUGACUGUGAAAUGGUGGGUUCGGGUCCAAAAGGCAGCGUCAACCAACUGGCGCGCUGCAGCAUCGUGUCCUAUGAGGGGGAUGUGGUGUAUGAUAAGUUCAUCAAACCCCCCAUGCCCGUGACCGACUACCGCACACGGUGGAGCGGCAUUCGGCCCAGGGACCUCCUCGUGGCCACGCCGUUCUCAGAAGCCAGGAAGGAGAUCCUGAAGCUGCUCAUGGGGAAGGUGAUUAUUGGCCACGCCAUCCACAAUGACUUCAAGGCCCUAAGUUACAGUCACCCCAACAUCUUGACCAGGGACACCUCCCGAAUCCCUCUGCUCAACCUGAAGGCCGGCUUCAAUGCCAGUGAGUGUGCAUCACUGAAGAGACUCACCAAAGCCAUUUUCAACCGUGACAUCCAGACUGGGAGGAAAGGCCACUCUUCUGUGGAGGACGCUAAAGCCACCAUGGAGCUUUACAAAGUGGUGGAAGUGGAGUGGGAGAGGACUCUAGUCUCCAGAUCAAUGGCCAGUUAGUGGCAAGUUUGAGGAGACAGCGCAAAAAUAAACACAGACGUGUUUGACCUUUUAAAAAAAAACGUCACAGUUCAAGGCCGCUACUGAGAAUUUCCACGUUGGAUCAACUGUGCCGUUGAUACGAGGACUCCAGAUGCCGAGGCUCUAAUGGAACAAACUAGCAUUCAGGAAGAUGGACAACAUUUUUUGACUUAUUCCUUUUUGGGUUUUUGCAGAAAAAAUAUUUACACAUCUACAGAGCAUCCAUUUUUGUUGAAACAUAAUGGAAGAGGCGUUUAAAACCGCUUGAUUUUUACAGCAUAUUUUCUACAUUUGUAACAUGAAAAGAUUUUGUUAUUGGAGGUGAAAUGUUUCUUACCACUUGAGGGCAGCCUCGUUUUUCCAGCGGCGAAUGAACAUGGUUCAAAUGUUUUAGAUGCUGAAUAAACAUUGGAUGAAGACAUAACAAGGCAGAUCAUCGUGAGCAAACCAUAUGCUCUAUCUCAUCUUCUAACUGAUGAGGGAAAGAGAACAUAUUAAAUGGAAUUUAAUACUUCAAAACAUGCUGAAAUUAAAAUACUUUAAGGGAAAACCAUUUCACGGUAUUGUCAUUUUGUUAACCGCAUAAUUACUUAAUUAGUGACAUUAUUGAGGCUGAUGGCAAGAAAGAUUUAAAAAAUAUUUUUGACUAAUCCGUAGUUUAAAGAUGUUAUUGCUAUUUUUUUUUAAAGAAAUGCAGCUUC